GCUGUAUAUUGAGCAGUGCUUAUGUUGAGGUAACUGGUUUUCUCCUCAAAGAUCUAACAUACACCACACGUAGUUGUCAUUGCUAUGAUUAUUUCAGCUCAUGUCUAUCCGUCAGUGUAGUAUUGAUGACAAAUUGUUAUUUGGAUUCGUCCUAUCUCUUCUUGUACCAAACUAUGGAAACCAGUGAUACUAUGUCCUCACAUAUACCAAGACGGAAAACAACAUAUGAAUAUUCUGUAUAGUUCGUCAAAGAAUAUACUUCUGUGAUGUAAGUUUUAUUUCACACUCCUACUUGAAAUAGGUGUCAUUGUACAGCCCUUCAGAUCCACACGUCAUCGCUAUAAUGCUUGCACAGAAACGUAGGUACCGGAGAAACGUAAGUCCAAGCCUAGCUUAAUAUUUCAGAAUUUAUAUUGAGAUUAAUCACCUAGACCUACUCGCGCCCGCCCCUAAAGAGAAAUGAUUCUCGUACACAACCCUCAUGUAAAAACCCACCUACCAACAUCUCCGCCCUCGAGGAUAGAAAUUCUUGUACACAACUCCCAAAAACUUAACCAUGACGAGACUCC